AAUAGAAACUUGGGAGCUUGCAUUUUUCUUUGGUGUUCUUUUCAUCUCGAGAUCAAUCAAAUGGGUAUCAAUCCUCAGGAAGCUAUCAAGAAGCUCAGAGCUCUGAUGGAUCGAGUUGAUCAGCCAAUGAAGAAAUCCUUUCAGAAUGUACAUCAAGGAUUCAUAACUGAAACGCUAGAACGAUUCUUAAAGGCACGAGAAUACGAUGUUGCCAAGGCCCAUAAAAUGCUGGUGGACUGUUUAAAAUGGAGGGUAGAAAACGAGAUUGACAAUGUAUUAAGAAAGCCUAUACUUCCUGCUGAUGUCUACAGAGCAGUGAGAGAUUCACAGCUUGUGGGACUUUCAGGUUACUCGAAAGAGGGCCUUCCUGUAUUUGCCAUUGGCGUUGGACUCAGCGCAUUAGACAAAGCAACUGUAAGUAUUCGGGUUCAAUUCAUUUUCUAUAGGAAUAAUUUUGGGCCAUCCUGUGAAUUUCGAUGCCACAAACAGCAGCCUAGACUAUUGAAAAUCUGUAUUUCAAAAACCUGUGAGAAAUUGAGAAGCUUGUUGAGUUUACUAACCGGUGUUUUAAUCUCUUCACAGGUGAAUGAUUAUGUGCAGUCGCACAUACAAAUCAAUGAGUAUCGGGAUCGUGUUAUUCUGCCUUCAGCAUCAAAAAAGUAUGGACGGCCCAUCACCACCUGCGUGAAGAUUUUAGAUAUGACUGGACUGAAACUUUCAGCACUUGGCCACACAAAGUUACUGACAAUUUUAUCAACCAUUGAUGAUUUGAACUACCCAGAGAGAACAACUGCUUACUACAUUGUAAAUGCACCUUACGUCUUUUCAUCCUGUUGGAAGGUUAUCAAGCCUCUCUUACAUGAAAGGACAAGGAAAAAGGUUCAAGUGCUACCAGGCUGUGGGAAAGAAGAGCUGCUGAAGAUAAUGGAUUAUACAUCUCUUCCACAUUUCUGUAAACGAGAGAGCUCGUUGUCCUCCCGAUCAUCGGCUCGGCAAGGAGGCAAUAAUUGCUAUUCAUUGGACCACCUUUUUCAUCAACAGUUAUACAACUACAUCAAGCAACAAUCCUUGAUCAAUGAACCUGUUGAACCAAUUAGAAAAGGAUCUUUUCAGGUGAAUCUUCAGGUGCCAGCAUCCAAAAGCAAAGGAACGGCUAAAACUAUUGAAACUGAGUUACGUAAGUAUGGGAAUAGGCUUUCUGAUACACUGAUUGAACUCGAAAUAAUGUAAUGAUUGAAGCAACAUCAACUUUUGAGAUGAAUUUCUUUCAUUAAUGGUGCAUAUUCCUUCAUUGAGGAGAUGAUGGAAAGGAAAAAUUUGGUUUUACUGAUUCUAACACUAUAGCCCUAUGGACAGUCCCAGUUUCAUGAUGGUGACAUCCAUAGUCUUGUUGAAAUCCACCACUAAAGUAAUAGAGAGUGAUUUCAAAUGAUGUAUCUUGAAACGUGCCUCGUUGUAAUAUAAAGUGCGCUUCUAUAUAGGUUUUUCGGGCUAAUUUUCCAAUUUA